AGCAAAAAGUAAAUGAAAUAAAAGUGCAUAAAGGGAUCCAGACAGUUGAGAGGAUGGAGCAAUCGACGACGACGGGUAAUCAGUGGUCGAAGCAACAGUAUCUUCCCUAUCAGCAUUAUUAUCAUCAUUACCACAAUUAUUAUUACUAUUAUAACGAUCAUCAUCAUCGCCAUCAUCACCAACAUGAUCAUCAGCAUCAUCAGCGUCAACAGCAAUGCUGUGAUCGGCACCACCAGCAUCACCAGAACCAGGAAUAUCUUCCGAGCUCUUGCUAUAUGUCCCCAUCGAUUGCUCACAUUUCGAUGAGUAAUAUGAAAAAACAAUCCUCUGGCGUACAGCUAACAUGGGUAUUUCAUGACGACGAGGCGCAAAUAAAUAAAAAACUGCCAAAGGAAUUACUAUUAAGGAUUCUAUCAUAUCUUGAUGUAGUCUCGUUGUGUCGAUGUGCUCAAGUAAGCAAAGCGUGGAACGUUUUGGCUUUAGAUGGAUCCAAUUGGCAACGAAUUGAUUUAUUUGAUUUUCAAAGAGAUGUUGAGGGACCAGUGAUAGAAAAUAUAUCAAGAAGAUGCGGAGGUUUUCUUCGUCAACUGUCCCUGCGCGGUUGCCAGAGUAUCGGCAACAACUCAAUGAAAACCCUAGCCCAGUCUUGUCCCAACAUCGAGGAGCUUAACUUAAGCCAGUGCAAAAAAAUCUCAGACGUAACUUGCGCGGCUUUGAGCAGCCACUGCUCAAAAUUACAGCGUCUGAACCUGGACUCGUGUCCGGAGAUAACAGAUCUUGCGCUAAAAGACUUGUCAGACGGGUGUCGGCUGCUCACUCACAUUAAUCUGUCUUGGUGUGAGCUGCUCACGGAUAACGGGGUCGAAGCACUGGCACGUGGGUGCCCGGAGUUGAGGAGUUUCCUAAGCAAGGGCUGCCGACAGCUUACUGAUCGGGCCAUAAAGUGCCUCGCUCGUUACUGCCCAAACCUCGAAGCAAUCAAUCUCCAUGAGUGCCGAAAUAUAACUGACGACGCUGUGAGAGAAUUAAGCGAGCGUUGCCCGCGACUACACUAUGUUUGUAUAUCAAACUGUUCAAAUUUAACAGACGCUUCGUUACUGAUGCUAGCACAACACUGUCCGUUGCUCAGUAUUCUUGAGUGUGUUGCAUGUACUCACUUUACUGAUGCUGGUUUUCAGGCUCUCGCUCGAAACUGCAGGCUAUUAGAGAAAAUGGAUCUAGAAGAGUGCACCCUCAUCACAGAUGCCACUCUCAUUCAUCUUGCAAUGGGUUGCCCACGACUUGAGAAACUGAGUUUGUCUCAUUGUGAGUUAAUAACUGAUGAGGGGAUACGGCAGCUGGCACUUUCACCCUGCGCUGCCGAAAAUCUAGCGGUUUUGGAGCUUGACAACUGUCCUCUUAUCACGGAUGCUAGUCUAGAUCAUUUACUGCAGGCGUGCCAUAAUCUUGAACGAAUCGAGCUUUACGACUGCCAGUUAAUUACUAGAUCCGGCAUACGUAGACUUCGGUCACAUUUACCAAAUAUUAAAGUACAUGCGUACUUUGCACCAAUGACACCACCACCAAGCGCCGGCGCAUCUCGACAACGUUACUGUCGUUGCUGCGUUAUCCUGUGA